AAUUUAAUCAAUGACUACGAUGAUUUUGCCAGCACCGAUGAAAAAUGUUCCAAUUUGUUCUGGCAAACGUCCAUCUUGAAUGCUUGCUUGUUAUUGGUCCACUUUUGACGCAUCUUACGCAUUGGGGAGGAGGAGCGUCAAGGGAAUAUUAUUUUACAAUGGCGGACAACAGAAAAUAUGACAGCGGAGCGCAGAAAAGAAGGAAGAGAAAAGAAAAAGAGCAUCGCGCCAAACAAAAUGCCUAAACUGACAGGCUUUUUUCAACCUGUUAGCGGAGAUGGAGCAGAAACAUCAUUAUCCGCCGCUCCUCGAACCCUUAGCUAUGCUAACACCGGCACUAAGAUCCAGCCAGAACCUUUAACCGUGACUGAGUCGGUGGCUGGACUGGCGUCUGUGGAGUCAGAGUCGGUGGAAGCGGGAUCUUCUUCCGCAGAUGGAAAGACGACUGUGGAUCCGUCCAGUACCGAUCCGGCGCAUUGGGGGGAAAUUGACGAGUCCGUGCGAGCUUACUGGGCUGAGCGAGGACCGGAGAGCUGUCAAAAUAUGAAUGUUGGCUUUCAAGCAUCAGAACCGGGUAUACAAGCAUCAAAAGCGUCACUUCUCCAAAUCUCACUUUAAACGCAAGAUGUUAAAUGGUAUGUCCUGCGUCCCGGUCCUGCCACCUCGUCGGGGUUCCUUCUACGUGGAGAGAGGAACAGGCAUGUCGGUGGGCAGUGUGCUGGCCUUCUGGUGCAGAGAGGGAUACCAGCUGGUCGGCAGCGACAAAAUCUCCUGCCAUGUCAGAAAUGGCAAAGCGCAGUGGAGCAACUACCUACCCGUCUGCGAAGCGAUCCCCAGACCAGAGGACCGUGGACUGAGAGUGGCCGUGUUGGCUUCAGUUGUGAGUGGCAUCGUCAUUUUUGCCAUGUCCUUGUCCUUCCUCGUCUGCUGCCUGCAGGAGCGAUCUAGCCGGGACCGUGCCAAGAAAGACGGCCGGAGCAGACGCAGAGAGAAGAGAUCAGGCCGCCGCAGUGAAUGCUGGCUGGAGACGGAAGAGGGAGAGUGGGAAGCCUUCCCUCCACCCAAGAUUUUCCACCUGUCCCAAAGGAUGGACCCCCGACUGGCACCCGACAGUCCCCUUUACCUGACAGGAGGUCUCAAUGGAUACGAGAACAGAGGAUACCAACGGAGUCAGGAGAGUCUGCUGAAGACCUCUCUGCCUGGACUCUACCGUUCUGAAUCCCAGCUGUACCCACACGUCGUCCUCCAGAGGGUUCCUACUCCUACUGCACCCUCUGCUCCUUCCGCUCCAUCGGCUCCCCUGUACCUCCACCUUCCCCCGUCUACUUCGGCAGGCUCCUCUCCAGCCCACACCAUUACCCAAAGCCAGCCCCGGAUCAUGGCGCAGUUCCCCACGCCAACGUAUCCGCCCAACCCCAACACAGCUGUGCCUACUUACCACCACCCAACACCAGCUCCUAUUUACCCCAACCCUAACCCACCACCUCAGAGGCCAUGGCAGUAGCUUUGUCUUCUGUUGUCCUGCUCUACAGGGUUCUACAGGUUCUAGCUGGCUAUGCAGAAGAAGAGCAAAGAAAGAAAAGGCCCGAGUCACAUUUUGAGAAAGCCUUUUAGGUUUUCUUAUCCCCGUUUUCUCUGUUGAAAAUGCCCUGCUCCAAAGCAGACAUGAAGGAAAUGCAGCAAACAACAAUGUACUCCUUGUUACUGCAUGCUUGAAGCACUUUUCCUACUGCCAGCACUUUACCAGUGAACAGUUGAGUUUUCUUAGUUCUACCUGAAAUGUUGGUCAUCAGCGAAAACUCUGCUUUCUUACAAGGAACUCUGUCAAGCCAGUAAACAAAGGACCUUGGGUUGGGGUUGUAAUUUCUGCACUAACCUCAUUUGUAAGAGAAACCUGCCAUAGUAGGUGUGUUUAGGCAGCUCUAAGCCAUUUAAUGUAUUUUCUAUCAUUAACUGCUUUUAAAGAAGAUCCCUAUCAGCCUUUUUUCAGGUGUUGCUGAUCUAACUAAGUUUUAACUAAGUGAAAUUAUGCUUAUGUAUUGACUAGAGCUGUGAAUAAGUUAAGGAAUGCAGGUCUUCUUAAUAUUCUUGUACUUUCUGGUCCUAUGACUACAACCGGCACUGUGACUGAAAGGCUGCUGUUGUUCCAGCCACUAAGCAAAUCUAUUUUGCACUAUUUGUAUGGAUUUCAAAAUGUAGCAAGAGCUUCUCAGCUGAUCUUCAACACCAAAACAGUUCAGUUAAUGUUUUCUCUGUGUGUUAUCUUACAAAAGUCAGCACUCGAGUGCUUGACUAACUAGACAUUGUGACAUUCCCCAACAGGGGGAUAGUGAUUUGCUUAGAUCGGUUAUAUAGAGCUUUCUUUGAGGACCAGAGUUCAACGAGUAACCUAUAUAUUGAAGAUGAUCAUUUUUAAGAUAAUCUCUGGCUUUAUAUAAUAAAAGUGGUGUAAAAGAAUGCAAAUCUAUUGUUGAUCCAUUGUAAACUCUGUUGAGUUUGUGUAUAAAGUCUAGCCGUAUAGAUACAGUCCCUUGCAAAAGUAAACAUACAGCUUUGUCUGCCCUUCUGUGCACAAAUGCUCCAGCUCAAUAGGAAUUGGGAAGCAAGCCUAGGAUUUAGGUCGGGACUUGACUGAUCUAACGAAUAAAAGUGCUUUGAUCUAAA